UCAUAUUUCAAUAAAUCCCACCAACGUCACUCUUUCUCUUUCACUCAAAAGUCUUAACCAAAAAUUUGUUUCCCUCCCAAAUCUCAAGAACAAUAACUUCAAACAAACCACACUCUUAUCUCUAUAAUUAAGCUAAACUCACACUUUCUCUUCUCAAUUUCUCUAAUUUCUUCCUAAAAAUCAAAACUUUACUCUACCCUGUUUUUAAAAAACCAAUCUUUUUUUUUUCUCUAUAAGAAAAAACAGAGUAAAAAGAUGAAGAUGAGUGAUUAUUGGACGACAAUGGCUUCUCUAGUUGGUAUGUUAGCCUUUUGUCAAACAAUUCUCCAGCUCGUGUUUCCGCCGGAGCUCCGACUAGCUUUCCUCCACGUCUUGACGCGCCUCCGCCACGUGUUCUCUUCUCACAUCUACUUCGAUAUAACGGAGAUUGACGGCGUCAACACCAACGAGCUCUACAACGCUGUUCAGCUCUACCUCAGCUCUUCCGUCACCGUCAACGGCGCCGUUUCUAGCAGCAACAACACACGUCUCAGCUUAUCACGUGUCCCUAACUCGAGCUCCGUCACUUUCGGCCUCUCCAACAACGACAGAAUCACCGACGUAUUUAACGGCGUCACUGUUCUCUGGGAACACGUCGUUGUUCAACGUCAAGUACAGAGCUUUUCGUGGAGACCAAUGCCGGAAGAGAAACGAGGGUUUACGUUACAGAUCAACAAGAGAGACAAAAACCUUGUCUUAGAUUCUUACCUCGAUUACAUUGUCGGAAAAUCAGAGGAGAUUCGCCGGAGAAACGAGGAGAGGCUUCUUUACACGAACUCGAGAGGCGUCUCGCUCGAUGCCAGAAGCCAUCCAUGGGAUUCGGUGAGAUUCAAGCAUCCGAGCACGUUCGAUACUCUUGCCAUGGAUCCCGAGAGGAAGAAACGGAUCAUGGAGGAUCUAAGAGAGUUUGCGAGCGGACAAGGGUUUUAUCAGAAGACCGGAAGGGCUUGGAAGAGAGGGUACUUGUUGUAUGGACCACCUGGAACUGGCAAGUCGAGUUUGAUCGCUGCAAUGGCUAAUUAUCUUGGCUAUGAUAUCUACGAUCUUGAGCUCACGGAGGUUCAGAACAACUCUGAAUUGAGGAAACUGUUGAUGAAGACUAGCUCUAAAUCGAUCAUUGUUAUUGAGGACAUUGAUUGUUCUAUCAGUUUGACGAAACGUGGAAAGAACAAGAAGAGGAAUGGGAGCUAUGAGUAUGACCCGGGUUUAACCAACGGGUCGGGUUUGGAUGAACCGGGGAGCUCGGUGACUCUCUCGGGGUUACUGAACUUCACUGAUGGGCUUUGGUCUUGUUGUGGGAGUGAGAAGAUCUUUGUGUUCACGACCAAUCAUAUCGAGAAGUUAGAUUCUGCUCUGUUGAGAAGUGGGAGGAUGGAUAUGCAUAUUCACAUGGGGUUUUGUAAGUUUCCGGCUUUGAAGAUUCUGUUGAAGAAUUAUCUGAGGCUUGAGGAGGACGAAAUUGACGGCGUCGUCUUGGAGGAGAUGGAGGAAUGUGUGGAGGAGGCCGAGAUUACGCCGGCUGAUGUUAGUGAAGUGUUGAUUAGGAGUAGGAGUGAUGCGGAGAAGGCUGUGAGAGAGCUUGUGUGUGUGUUGAAGGAGAGAGUUGUGAAGAGAAAGAAGAGUGUUGGAUUGAAGAAGAAGAAAGAGGAAGGUGAAGAAGAAGAAGAAGAAGAAGAAGCCGAAGCAGAGGAAGAACAAGAGAAAAGAGCUUUAGAUAGUCCUAAUAGAAACAGAGAGGUAUUUGGAUUUCAAGAUGAAGAAGAGGAAGAAGAUGAAAAGGAGAAAUGAAUGUAGUAGGAUCAUCAUCUAAAUCGUUCAUGUGUUAUCUUAAUUAUCCGUUGUUUAGUCAAAAAUAUUAUAAGAUAUGAUUAGUAAUUUAUAUAAUAUAAGGUUUCCAUUUUGGUGAA